AUGCAAUGGCGAUGCUUGCUUCUCGUACCAACUUUGCUGCAGGCGGCAAAGAUUUACAAAUGUAGCUGGCCCCGUUCAGUUUUAAGCAGUGGCGAUCCUAAUUUGACAGUGACGCUGACGGACGGCUCCGAUGUCCGGUGCGACAGGACGGGAGAUGCAAGUUUUUUGUGUCCUGCUGCUUGCGACUACGUCCAGAGCGAGCCCUACCAGUGCGUGGGACCAAUUGAGGACGGAGACGUUUGCAACACGGUUUGGGGAAAAAGCUCCCUGAGCUACUACAAGAUGACCAGCUUCAACGACACUCAUGCAUGCACUCAGCGCUUCAACGGCGACUGCACAGAAGACAUGGGUGGUGUUUUCUGUCAGGAGCUGAGAACGUGCUACGGCUCCUAUCAGGAGGUGAUCUUUGAUCAGCCAACUUUCUUGGCAAAGUACGGAUAUGAACCUAGUUUCCUGAUGCAGCCAUUCGAGAUCUUGGAGGCUCCCUCGUGCUGGGGGCUCACUGGUGCUGAGUGCUGCAUGGCGAACAUCAACUUCUUCCGGUGCCUGCACGACGCUCCACCGGUGAUCUACCACCAGGGAAUUGCUCAAAGUGCCCAGGCCUGGGCUGAGAAGCCAGACAAGGCUUCGAUCCAUUCUGGCUGGGGAGGCGGCUUCUUCCCUGAGUACACUGAAGUGCUGACAUGGGGGACCUCCUCAUGCACCCGAGGGGUGAAUGCUUGGUACCAGGAGAUAGGCGUUCACAACUUUAGCAUCCCGGCUGUGCAGAACGCAGGAGGCUCUUACAACAGUGGGCACAUGGUGAUUCUGCUUUGGCAGAAUCACAGCAUGGUCGGCUGUGGCUUCGAUAAUACGCUCUCUGCUCCUAUCACCGUGUGCGAUUUCUCUUGGCCGCACCAGGGACACAAGGGCCCCGAGGCUUGGGAGGCCAACCUGAAGCCGCGGAGUCAGACAGCGACGCAGCAGACUUGCCGAGAGAAGGCCAUGCAAUCCACUCAGUUUCCCAUGCUGGCGCCUGGUCAAGACAUCACGUCAGAGCAAAUUGCCCUGCUGCUGUCCUGGAAUGGGAGUGCCAUUGCAAACACGUCGGCGCCGGCUGCUGACACCAGCACCACCUCAGAGCAGUCCAUGGCCACAACCAGCACCUCAGAGCAGUUCAGCCGCACGCGGGCGCGGCUCGGGGUGCGGGAGCUGCGCCUCGUGGGCGCCGUGACCGCGGAUCCCCGGAAGCGCUCCCGCGCGCUCUGCGACGAGGCGGCUCGUGUGACGAUGGCCCUCCAAGCGCACGCCACAUCUGCGGCAAAGGACCUCCUGCAGAUCCAGGGCUCGGAGCUGGAGGCGGUGAUCUUGGAGGUGGACCGAGCCGCCUCCGCCCUGGUUCCUGAGAACGCAGCGGAGAUGAACACAGUCGAGGACGCUGACUCCGGCAGAACGCUACACGACUGGGACAGCGGCGGCUCUAUGCGCGAGGUGGAGGUCUACGCCGUGGUGGCUGGCCAACUCUUCCUGAUCGGCCCCGCAGAGUUGCAGAACCUGCGCUGGAUGAUGCAGAUGACGGAUACAGAGGAGCAAUUCGCCGCGCUGCAAAAUGCGCGUCUCUAUAUUGCAGACGUCAGUGCGGAGAUUCAGACCAGCUCUGGCAUGAAGGAGAGCGGGGUGCUGCAGAGAUCGAAUGACAGCUCCUUCCAGGUGAACCCUGACUUGAUGAGUUCGUCGAGUUCUAAGAAUGCACUGGAGCAAGGCAUACGAGGUCAGCUGCUCUUUUGCGCCCUGGAGCUGUGA